AUGCCAUCAAAUAAAGAUUUCCCGGCAAUUCUUCACAUCCGCGAUUUCAUCGAGCAUGUCGAACCGGAUCCAACGCGCCCCGGUAAAGGAUUUUCCAUGCAGUUGCGUGUUUCACUCAAUAUCCCAGACAAAGAUAUACGAUCAGACGAUGUUGAACAGGAUGACAUCCCCACCCUGAUUCGAUUUUUUAAUAAGGGCAACCGACCUGAGCUAUACCAACCAAACGCUUUUAUCUAUGCAUGGGGCACUUUCCUCACCAACUCCUCUGACAGUGAGGACUUCCAUAUUCUUCUUUAUGCUAGCAGCGUUGAUCGAUGA